CACCAUCACCAUGUAUUUCCAACAAAGCUGGAGGGACAAACGGUUGGCCUAUGCUGAGAUGGCUUUGAAUCUCACUUUGGACAACCGUGUGGCUGAUCAGUUAUGGCUCCCAGACACCUACUUCCUGAAUGACAAGAAGUCUUUCCUGCACGGUGUGACAGUGAAGAACCGAAUGAUUCGGCUCCACCCAGAUGGUACUGUUCUUUAUGGACUGAGAAUAACCACUACAGCCGCCUGUAUGAUGGACCUGAGACGGUACCCCCUCGAUGAACAGAACUGCACCCUGGAGAUUGAGAGCUAUGGGUACACCACAGAUGACAUCGUGUUCUUCUGGCAAGGAGGGGACAAUGCUGUAACAGGUGUCGACAAACUGGAAUUGCCUCAGUUCUCCAUUGUGGAGCUACGUCUUGUGUCCAGGGAAGUGAGGUUUACCACAGGUUCAUACCCUCGGCUGUCGUUGAGUUUCCGCAUCAAAAGAAACAUAGGCUAUUUUAUCCUGCAGACUUACAUGCCCUCCAUCCUGAUCACAAUCUUGUCCUGGGUCUCCUUCUGGAUUAACUAUGAUGCCUCUGCUGCUCGUGUGGCCCUGGGUGUAACUACGGUGCUCACUAUGACAACCAUCAACACCCAUCUGAGGGAGACCCUCCCAAAGAUCCCCUAUGUGAAAGCCAUCGAUGUCUACCUCAUGGGCUGCUUUGUCUUUGUUUUCCUGGCCCUGCUCGAAUAUGCCUUUGUAAACUAUGUGUUCUUUGGACGGGGACCCCAGCAGCAGAAAAAGAUCAACGAAAAGCUGAACAAAGCCAACAACGAGCGUCCCCGCUAUGAGGAGAAGCGUCUAAGGGAACAGGACUCCAUUUCAGCGCCGUUUCAAAGCAACACCCUCAGGUCAUAUACACAACGAAGAAAUCUGUAUCUCGAGGAACAAAGAAAAGUCGGGGUGGAUGCUUACGGAAACAUUCUUCUCACCACUUUAGAGAUGAACAAUGAAGUGAUGCCAUCCGACGUAGGCAGCAGCGUCAGUGACUCACGGAACUCUGUCAUGUCCUUUGACAGCUCCGGAGUGCAGUUCCGCAAGCCCAUGGCUUCACGGGACGGGUUCAGCCACCACUCGUUGGACCGCAGCGCCAUGCGCAGUCGUGCCAACUGCCGGCUAAGGAGGCGCUCGUCCAAGCUGAAGCUCAAAAUCCCCAACUUGACGGAUGUUAGCACCAUUGACAAGUGGUCCCGGGUCAUUUUUCCUAUCACUUUUGGAUUCUUCAACCUUAUCUAUUGGUUGUAUUAUGUGAAUUGAUAUGCGUUCCCCUAGGAAACAUGGGCCAUAUUUUGAGAGCACAUUGAAUUGGCUUUGAUACAAUUGGAAAAUAUGUGUACACAUAUAAAGUUGAUACAUAUGUAUAUGCAUAUUUCUAUAUAUUAUAUUUCUAUAUACACACGCGUGUGUAAAAUCGAAAGGACUUUUCUGGUGUAAAAAAAAAAAAAACCUAUUAUAUAGAAUGACUUGAAUGUUUAAGAAUAUUACAAGAGAAACAUUUCAAGUGUUUGAAUUUCUUUUCCUUCUGAAACAAACAAAUAACAAGCAUCAGUCCCUUGUUCGAGGGUACGGAACUAAAGACUGCAUGAUAUUUUCGCUAAAAGAAAAGAUCGCAAGAGAAAAAGGACACAUCUGAACGACUCAUCGGCUUUUUAUCGAUACUUUAAUCAGCCUCUCGUAACCGCAGCUCAUGAAAUCAGAAGUGGCUUGAGCAUUUCGGGGAGAGUCAACCGAGCAGGACCCCAGACCCGAUCCACUGCUUUCCCCAUCCUCACGGAAUUGUCCGUUUCUACACUGUACAGCAACCUCUUUUGCAAUUACGUGUCAUUCCUUGAUUUUGCAAGUGACAAGCAUUCUCUUUAUCGGACCUCAGCUCUGGUCAAUGGUUUACACUGGACGGCCAUCUUGAGUUUUAACCAGUGCAUCCUGCCCAGUGUCCCAGUGCAUUUCAUUUUCUCUCUUCUCUUUUUUGCUAAUUAUCUUUUCUUUCAUUUUUGGGCUCAUGAUUUUGGAGGGCGACACCUAAACACGUUCUAGAGGUAGUUCAUUAAUAGAUUAUAAGCCACUAGUAUGCUUCAUUCAUCAAGAAUUUAAGAAAAUGAAAAAAAGAGAGAGUACAUUCAUUCAUUCAGUAGCCUUAUUGCCAUGGUCAGGUAGUAUUGGUGUUCUUUCUUUACUCUUGUCCCUAGUGCAUUUCAUCUGUUCUAUUGAUACAGUACUCAUGAACAUCUUGUAGAGCUUUGUGUUGUUUGGAAUGGAGGGAAACCCUUAGUGAGCUGUGGCGUUUCUUUAGCACUUGGAUUUGAACUUAGUCCAUCAACUAUGUGAAAAAUGUAAAAAAAAAAUUAAGGAAAGAAAAGAUUAAUGUGUAUUCAACAGGGGAUGUGACCAUGUUUUUAUCUGUUUCAUGUUUAAGUCAACCACUCUGACAUCAUAGUGUGACCUGAUAUUGUAUAUAUUCAGUCAUUGUAGUGAUCCAUCCCAAGAAUGAUAUACUCUGAUGUUUUUAGUUUCUCUAAAUGUGCCUGUCUGAAACCUGAAGGAUGUGUCCUCAGUUCAUCAAUCAGUGAAAGAGGGCCAGAUGACCCUUGAUCUUUGACCUUUCACUUUAAGCACUGCAGACCCACCCACAGCUCUGACGUUUUGCAUCUUGGGAAUGAAUCUCAAAGAUGAAUGACAUCAGCAUAAUCAGGAAAAAAAAUGCUUCUGAGUCUUUUCGGGGCAAAAUGACAUGUACGAUAAAAGCCAUGAACUGAAGUGACAACCAAAAAGGCCUAUAAUCCAUUUCUCUUUUUUUACCAUUUACCUCUGAUUCACCCACCAUCAGUUAUUUUGGGCUUUGCCUCGUUAUGAUUUACCUCAGCUUCGUUGAUCUUUCUCUAUCUCCAGGUGACCACAAACUCAAAUUCACAUGUCAAUUCAUCCACCAUCCAUAUUCAUUCAAAUCUUCUUUAUGGUAGUCUCUAGAUGUCUCAAUGAGUUGAAGCAUCCAAACAAAUGCUUCUCAAAGCAAUGUUGGAUCAGUUCUCGAAGAUGUGGAUGAGAACUGAACUGCUGAAGGGGACAUUUGAAAGCGAGGAGGGUCCGGUGGUGCCUUGGGAACACGAGAGCCCCUGACUUGCUUGAGUUUCUUGACGAGGAUAUUCUGAGCAGGCCUCAGACCUCAGGGCUUAACAAAGUCCCUUGGCUCUCGAUCCCCACACCAGACCUCUUGACAGUCUUAAAGGUGUGAACCAACCAUCAAAUCACCAAAAGAUCACUCAUUCCAUGGAGAAACUAUAAAGGAAUAGGAGACUGUACCUCAAUGUACUGGCAAAGUCCUAUGUUACCUAGAAGCAUGUUUGAGGGAUUUCCACUUCUUGUGUUAUUAUUUGUUAUUUUGUGAGCACGACCAUAACACCUGUGCAAGGGAGCUAGUACUCUCAGUGCAAAGCGAGACAUGCACAGAUGCAUGCACAGUGUAGCAAUUAAGUUGAGCGCAAAUCUGCACUAAAAGAGGAUGGAGGUCAGAGUGCUUUUCAUGAGUAACUUUAGUUACUAUGAGUGUUAUGGGGGUGCCUUGGCCAAUUACAACUCUCAGUUGGCAUUCAAGAUGCUGCAAUGCUUUGCCAAAUGAAGGUUCAAAGGCAGAGUAUUUAGUUACUGAUUUGGUAUCGUUAGUAUACUCCUUUAAUCUAUACUGUUUAGAUAUGAAGUUACAAUGUAGACCAGACCAUUUAAGCUACAAUAUAAACCCACCGUUACUAGUGCAGUGUUGUAGACGAGUUUAGCGAUAAGUUGAAAACGCCAGCUCCGCCAUUAGCCAACAUUUCUCUUCUUGUAUUCAAGGGAACCAGAUCAGCUAGAAGGAAGAUUUUUGCACUGCCUUUGACACAUUGGAAAAGGUGGGAUAGACAGUGCAUUGUUUCAUUUGAGCACCAACCACUAUUAACUGGUAGAACUGUACAAUUCAAAUGAUGUUGAUAUAUUUUUGUAUUAGAUAUUACUGCUCUAAGUUAUCAAUCAGUGUUAAUAGGCGCUCUAAUUUUCCCUCGGAGCGACUAAUAAUAGAGCAAAAAAAAGCAGUAUAUCAUAAUCAUAACCUGUGAUUAGGUAUUUUAUUCGUGAGAAUUCUUCGAAAUUCUUAGUAGUUAGUACAAUGCACAUAAGUUAGCGCCCAUUUACUACAUAGCUUCAUACAUUUUUAGUAGACUUGCUGGCACUAUGCAGUAUUUCUCACUAAUGUUCAGUUUAUUGUCAAACAUGGGUAACCUGAAUCACUAUUGGUCCAUGCGUCCUGACCAAUCACGAUAGGCAAGGGUUGAAUAUUUCAAUCGAGAAGGGAUUAGCAACAUGCUAAUGCAGCCAUACUGUGCCACUGAGACAUGCUGGAUGUUGCAUUUGUUAAAGUGGAUAUUGUGUUGAUCAUCAACAUGUUCUUGUAGCACCAGCACUCUGUUUAUUCACAGUGAGCUUACGGCUAGAACAGCUUUUUGGAAAGAUUCUGGAUUGUGGGCAUUUGUCCCUGCAAGAUUUGCCUUAACAAGAUCACUAAGCAUUUUCAUGGAAUAUUUAUGAGCAAUACAAUGCAACUACAACAAAGUUCAUGAGAGAGUGAUUCUCUUUCAACUCAAUUCAAGCCUUAAACAUGGUUACAGAUCAUUAUAAUUUGAUCAUUGGACAUUUGGGGUAAGAUUCAGUUCUAGAGCAUUAAAGGAUAAUAUAGUGACAAAUUAGUUCCCUCAAAUGUCUCACCCAGGUACUUUCUCAAUGUUUCCACAGCUUAACCUCAGAACCACAAAGUGUAGAACCAAAUACUUCCUGGUUUAAGAUUGCAUGGUCUUUUCAUUUGUCAGACCUCAAAGUAAUAAAAUAAGAUAAGGUAAUUGUGGCUUAAUUCCUCGUAAUUGCAUCUUUAUUUCUCACUUUUAAAUGUACGCCUAGAUAUAAAUCUUUUUAGUCUGUUAAGUCAGGGGUAGGCAAGUUCGGUCCCAGAGAGCCGCUGUCCUGCAGUUUGGCUCCAACACUGAAAAAAAAAACUCUCCUGCCUUUAGCCUUAGUAAUCCUGAAGACAUUGAUUGGCUUUUUCAGGUGUGUUUGAUUAGGGUUGGAACUAAAUUCUGCUGGACAGGAUCGAACUUGCCUACCCCUGUGUUAAGUGCACAUUUAUAUCUAACAUCAUUUAUAAUCUAGCAUAAUUGCAACUUUUAUCUUCCAAUUUCAACUUUAUUUUCUGUAAUUGUGUCAUAGUUAUGAUAUUACUAAUUGUGGCCUGACUGGGCAAUCUCCCAGUUGCGACUAUAUAUUGCAUAAUAUAGACUUUCUUCCAUAUUGCAAAGUGUAUUUCUUGUGAUUGCAACUCAAUAUCUCUCUCUCUCACACACACACACACACAAGUUAUUUUAGCGUUUUAUCCAAGAAAUGUGGUUCUGUGUUUUGUGAGUGGAAACAUGGCCAGUGUAGUAGUUCACAUCAGAAUGGCAAGUAGCAGAACAAAAUGUUCCUAUAAACUGGACACAGUCUAACUGCUAAUUUAUUUAUAGUUAGCCUGCUUGACCAGUUUGCUAAGUCUGCAACCUACUGCUGUAUACACUGACAGCUGUAUCAGAAAAAAAAAAUUAUAUAUAUAUAUAUAUAUAUAUAUAUAUAUAUAUAUAUAUAUAUAUAUAUAUAAUGGCACAAGUUGCUGCUCUGAAAAUACAUUCUAGAUAUUAGGGUAACUCUCACGUUUCACUAUCUGAGGUAGAUGCAACAAAUCAUUCUAGCAUUUUAGAUUUUAUUUGAAAGUUUACCGUUUCAUCACAGUGCUAGGAUAGAUUAAUUGUUGUUAAAAACCAAUUUGCCAGUUUACAAGGGUCAUUUGCGAAAAUACUCAGAUAAAUGUAGCAGCAAUCGGUUAGAAAGGGUGAUGAUACCAUCAUGGCAGUCCAUGUUGAAUUUGCUCUUUUUCUUCUUCUUUUUUUCUUAUUAAAACAAUUUAGGUUUUGUAAACUUAAUUUUAAAAUCACAUGCAGACUGAAUCUGCAUGGGUAGUUAUUUUUUUAUUCCUUUUUUUUGUUGUGUAUUUGUUUUGUAAGAUAUGAAUUGGUCUGUCGAAGAAUGUGUCGAAUGAGUUUAAAUUUGUGACAGAAACUGCUGCUAAUUAACUCUUUUAGCGAGUCAAGAGCAAAAAAGGGUUCAGUUGGGACCAUUUUAAGAUGCGUGCAUAAUUUAUAGCAUUUGGCCAUUAUUUGCCACCUUAAAACUGUGUUUGAAAAGAAAUGGGCCCUUCAUGUCUAUAUUUGUAACACACUUUUUGAAGAUUAGCGGCUCAAACAUAGAUACACUGUUAUGGCACACAAAAACAACAAGACUCCAUCUAUUAAGAUGGGUGUUAUAUAAUGGGAAUUUAGGACAACCAAGAGAUUUUAGAUCAGAACUGUGUAAAGGUAGCAUGCUCUUGAGUAUGGAUGGGAUUGUUUUUUGGAGAAUGUGACUCAACUAAUGAUUUCUUCGGUGUAAUUUGAAAUGUGGUUAGGGGACAGGAGACGCAUUUUCCUUUUGCCUUGCACUUUGCUUCAGUUUUAGAUAAAUAUGUUGUCUUAUUGUUUAUUGUUCUUUUUUUAAAAGAGCUUUGCACAACUUAGUGGGUGGGGGGUGGGAGGGUGCUAAUGUGUUCUGUUGACAAUGGAGGACAUAAUUAUCUACGCACUUCAUACAAAUCACCCCAUAUGCUCACUUCCACAUUUCCAUACCAUUAACAUAACCCAACAAAUCAUCGAAUAGCUUUUACUCGAGUACAUUGUUUUUGUCUUUUGCUACAUCCACCCAUGAAGCAGGAGAAAAGGAAGUACAAAAACUGUUGAACUGAUUUUAAUGUGAAUUUUUCUUGCCUCUUGUGUAUAUGUGUAAUUACAUGUGAAUUGUAUUGUAAAUAUGAUAUCUUUCACUUAUAUUUCUUAAUGCAUGAACAAAACAGGGCAGUUGGUAAUAACAGCUAGCCUCAAUGCUACUGGCAUGGACAGCUUUUGCAGCACCGGCAUAACUUCUGCAAACAAAACCUAUCUCUGAAGAAAAAAAAAAAAAAAGAACAAAGAAAAAGAAGAGGAGAAAAACUCACAAAAAGAUACCGGUUUUGUUUUGCAUGUCUUACGUUUUCAGAAAGGUUUAUUUUCAUAAUUUCUUUUCUAUUCUAAAAUUGGCGAUUCAUAUCACACUCACAUACAAGGGAAGGAUACUUUUUGCUUCUUCUUGUACACAGAGAUCGAACCAAACACUGUAAAUCUUAAAUUAAAUAUAGAAAAAAAAAAAAGACAAAUACUCUCUAUAUUAGAAAAGGAGAAUUACGGAGAAAAUGAUUCAUGGAAUUCAUCAUAAAAAAAUAUGCGAAAAAUAUGCACAUUUUCAUCCUCUCUUGCUUUUUUUUAUAUAUAUAUAUAUAUCACAUAGAGUUGAGAGUAGAUAGACACACCUAUUAAGCCAUUAGUUCAAAGUAGACUAGACCUGCUUACAUCUUGUUGAACAAAACAGCAAGUUAAAGUCUCAUGCCAUGAGAAUGCACGACUGGCAAAGCAAAUUCUCGGAGUUUGUUAAAAUGUAUGGGCCAGUAACUUUGCUGUGCUGAUUUUUCUUUGCACCAGGAUAGCGUUACCGAUAAAGCGAAUUAUAACACAAACACAGCACACACAAGUUAAGGACUAACCUGAAGUGAAAAUCCUCAAAAAAUACAAAUAAAUACAAAUUGGCAAAUAUCUAGGGCAACCUCUUCAUACCUAAUUUGAGAGUUCAGUCGCUAUUUAUACUGUUUUGUUUCAUUUCUAGUUGCCUGUAUUUGUUGUAUUCUUUAAAUGAAUGGUUAACUCUUAUUGUUGAUGUUUUCUCAUAGAAAGGAAAUAUAUUUCUACUUUACAUCCUGCCCUAAAAAGUAAAAUGCAUUCUGUUUUUGUGUUGUACUGGUUUCGUUCUCAUUAAGCUCUUGGUUUGAUUCUGUUGAACUAUUGAGGUGUGAUGAUUUAUGACGAUCCAUUUGGGGGUAUGAUUUGUCUUCAUGAAAUCAACAUUUGUAAAGUAAAAAGGUUGUAUUUUCUUCUUUACUUUUUUCCCCUUUUCUUUCUUUUACUUUUUGUCAGUGCCAAUUAAUGUAAUGGUGUCGGUCAGCUUUUCUAGGUGUUUGAGCAAAAUGUGUUUUUUACUAAUACAAGAUGUUACAGUAUGUGGUACAAAAAAGGGUUAUAAGUAACCAACUGACUUUUUACAAAUAAAGGCUUAUACAGUAAAUAA